AUGGCGCAGGGAUUUCUGAAUUCAAGUGAUGAAAAUAAAGACCCUGAAUCAACAGGCGAGGAUUACUUUGAUGAAUUAUCCGAGCGCUCCUUCUUUCAAGACUUUCCUGUGCACGGCGUUAUCGGUGUUUGUUGGACGAUGCAUGAUCUUGUUCAUGAUUUUGCUCAAUUUCUCGGGGAGGAUCAUUUUUACGAGUCAUACAAUAAUGAAGGCAUAUCAGGUUUUAUUGAAGGCAUAUCAGGUUCUAACAAAUGUAGGAACCUGAUUCAUUUGAGUUUAGUAUAUGAUGAACGUGAUGUAGUCCCUAAUUCCUUCCAUUCUUCAAUUGAAGAAGCUAAGAAUGUCCGAACUGUCCAGUGUAGGAGUGUUGGGUCUAGGAGAUUUUCGCAUCGCUCGUUCAAUGUUGGAAUAUUCUUUUCUGAUUUAGUUCAUCACCUUAGAUAUCUCCGGGUACUGAGACUGAAAGCCAUGGGCAUAACGCACGUCCCUGAGGAGAUUGAUAAACUUGUACAUCUAAGAUAUCUCGAUUUGUCUAGAAAUGAGGACUUAAUUGAAUUGCCUGAUUCAAUGUCUGGUCUACUUAACCUCCAAACUUUGAAACUGAAAGAGUGCUCCAACCUUUUCAAAUUUCCGAAAGAGAUAGGAAGAAUGAUAAAGUUGAGAAAUUACUCAGGUUGCAUGUUCCCAAGUCGAAUGGGAAAUGUAAGAGCGUUAACAAAUCUACGCUUUCUAAAAUUUGAUAGAUGCAACAAAUGUGAUGAAUUGCCAGCUCUGGGACUACUGCCAUCUCAUGAAGAACUCGUGAUAAAAGAUCUAAAAAAUCUAAAACGCAUCGGUGUUGAGAUCUAUGGUGGUGGUCAAUGUGUAACAGAAGUAGCAUUCCCGAAGUUGAUAACUUUGGAAAUUCUUGAAAAUGAAAACUUGGAAUUAUGGGAAUUUGGUAAUGGAGAAGUACAGGUACAUGAGAUGAUGCCUCGUGUUAGAAGCAUCAAACUCACCUUUUGUGAAAAUUUAAUUGCAUUGCCAGCUCUAGGACUACUUCCAUCUCUUGAAGAACUCGUGAUUUAUGAACUAAAAAAUCUAAAGCGUAUCGGGGUUGAGAUCUAUGGUGGUGGUCAAUGUCUAGGGGAUGUAGCGUUCCCAAAGUUGAAAACUUUGGAAUUUUUUUAUACUGUUAACUUGGAAGUAUGGGAAUUCGGCAACGGAGAAGUACAGGUACGUCAGAUGAUGCCUAGGGUUACAACCAUCAAACUCUCUGGGUGUAAAAAACUAAUUGCAUUGCCAGAUCUGAAUAAACUUCCAUCGCUUGAAACACUUAAGAUAGAGUUUGCAUUUAAGUUGACAAGUAUCGGAUGCAACACAAUAUCCAGCAAUGGAGGUACAUCAUUUCCGGAGUUAACUACUCUUGAAGUGAGUUAUAUGGAUAAUUUGGAGGUAAUUGUUCGUGGUGCGGAUGCAUUAAUAGAAGGAGAACAAGGGGAUACCAACAUCGAUACUGCGAUAAUGCCACGUCUUGUUGAUUUAACUCUUAUUGAGUGCCCUAAAUUUCCACUCCCUCGCUACCUCCCAAGUUUGAGGAGUCUUUAUCUAUAUGAGCACCAGGGAGAUGAUUAUUUUGUUGUCCGCCUAGGAGAGGUUGUACGAUAUAAAGAGCUUGAGCGUUUGCGUUUAAACGCUGGUAUUGGCAAUUCUUGGAAGCUCAUUCCGGAAUAUGCGAAAGACCUCAGACAACUUGAACACUUGGAUAUCAUUAAUUCUAAUUGUGUUGGAUAUUAUGGAAGAGGAGAUUGGAGUGUCCUAUCCCACGUCCCCGACAUCCAGAUUCAUUUCCAGAAUAUCGACCCUUUAACAUACUCACCACCUCAAGGCAUACAUCCCCAACCAGGUUAG